AUGGGCACACCGGCGACGCGCAAGAAUCAGAGAACAGCAGCCACUAACGGCGACUCAAGCUCCCCCGCAAGCAGCGGCCGAUUCCAGCGGCUUGAGGUGCUCGGCGCAGGAACAUUCGGCGUCGUCUACCGGGCGAGGGACCGCCGCACGGGUGAGAUCGUGGCGGUGAAGUGCCUCCGUGCGAGCGACGGCGCCGGCGACGCCGAACGCUACCUCUCCGACUUCGCCAGCGAGGUCAGUGCUCUCGAGGCGUGCAGCGGCCACCCAUCCAUCGUGCAGCCGCGCGCCUCCGGCCAACUUGACAGCGGGGCUUUCCUCGCCAUGGAGUUUGUGGGGCCGACUCUCAGGCACGUCAUGAAGCAUGUCCGCUUUGGGAGGAGGCACACCGAGCUGGAGGUUCGUCUUCUCAUGAGGCAACUUCUCGCCGGCGAGAGGAGGAUGAAUCGUCUCGGCCUCAUGCACCGGGACCUCAAGCCGGAGAACGUGCUUGUUGACAGCCACGAGAGCCUCAAGAUCUGCGACCUCGGGCUAUCGUGCAGCAUGGCCGACGGCCGCCCUACUCUAACCCUAUUGGGACACGGGGAUAUCGCGUGCCAGAAAUCCUCCUCGGAUCCACAGAUUACGACGAGCGUGUCGACUCAUGGGCUCUCGGCGUCAUGA